CUGGGUUCAGUAACGAUGGCAGAGAGACAGAAAGUGUGUUUCUUCAGCAGUAUUUAUAGAGCAUCUUCUCCUGGUGUCUAAACUACAGCAGUGUUGGACCUGAAAGAAAAGACAGAGGAAGAUGCUGCUGCUCCUCAUCCUCUGCUCAUCUGUCUGUGCAGCAACAUUUGUAGUGAAUGUGACACAGAGCUCCUAUCAGGCAGAGGAGAACCACAACAUCACUCUGGAGUGGACCUUCACCACCAAACCAGACGUCUCCUCCAACUCUCUUUUCAUCUACUGUGAACUUAAAGCUGCUCACAAACUCAAAGUCCUGUUUCAUGUAUUUAAAGGUGCUGAAGCCUCCUUGUAUACAGAUGAACAGUUUGCAGGACGAGUCCAGAGUGACAAAGACGUCCUCAGAGAAGGACGAAUCAGACUUCAUGUGUCCAGACUCAGAACUAAUGACUCAGGUGUGUACAGCUGUCAAGUGAACACAGAUCAUGGAUGGGGCUCUGCCAGCUGUCAGCUCAACGUUACUGAAGCUGCAGAAGAGCUCCCACCUCAGAGACCAACCAUCAGACCACAACCAGAGAGAGGAGGACAUAUCUUACUGCUCGUUAUGGUGGGAUGUGGAGUACCAGCAGCAGUUCUUCUGGUGAUCAUUGUUAUCACUGGUUUUGUUGUCAGAAAGAGAAAAAGCAGAGACAAACGAGUUGUUGAGAGUCCCACAGAGACAAUCCUAAAACAUCCCAUUUAUCUUCAGCCUGAAUCAGAGAUUCAGUUAAAGACUUGAGUUAUAAAUUCAUCAGAAACAAAGACUCUGUUCCUUCAACAUCUGUCUGAAGUACCAGAAGACAGAAGAAGAAACACAGAAGUACAAACUAUUCUGCUGAUGUACAUGAUGCUUCUUUUCUGGGAGGAAAG